GGGCUCGCCCCGGCAGCCUCCCUCCCUGGCUUAGCCUCACCUCCCGCGCUGUGGGCCGUGUCUGGGCCUCCGCGCGUAGCACAGUGGGAAAUGUAGUUUUCUUCCGGCGCACUUGUGCCAGAAAGGGGAGCGGUGGGACUGCGUUUCCCAGAGUGCAACGGGGCGGGCGAGGGAAGGCAGGGGGGAAGGGACAGUCGGUCGCAGACCGCGCUGGGUUGCUGCCGCCGCUGCCGCCAUCGUGCCAGCCCCUCGGGUCUCAACGAGGCUGGGUGACGCUCCAGAAUGGGAGACAAGCCAAUUUGGGAGCAGAUUGGAUCCAGCUUCAUUCAACAUUACUACCAGUUAUUUGAUAAUGAUAGAACCCAACUAGGCGCAAUUUACAUUGAUGCGUCAUGCCUUACGUGGGAAGGACAGCAGUUCCAGGGGAAAGCUGCCAUUGUGGAGAAGUUGUCUAGCCUUCCGUUCCAGAAAAUCCAGCACAGCAUCACGGCGCAGGACCAUCAGCCUACGCCAGAUAGCUGCAUCAUCAGCAUGGUUGUGGGCCAGCUUAAGGCCGAUGAAGACCCUAUCAUGGGGUUCCACCAGAUGUUCCUAUUAAAGAACAUCAACGAUGCUUGGGUUUGCACCAAUGACAUGUUCAGGCUUGCCCUGCACAACUUCGGCUGACCUCCUCCUAGCCAGGCACUCACGCUGUUUCCUCCUCCCUCCUCUUCCCAAUACUAUUCACACUCCUCCAGAUGCUCCAAAUAUCAUACACAAAUGAGCAGGGCCGCGGUGGGAGUGGGUGCAGUGCGCUGCUGCCACCGAGGUGUUGUGCAUGAUGUUUGGACGCUAGACUAGUUGCAUCUGACAGGAGAAGUUUGUGUUGUACCAGCGCAUGCCUUGGAAAGACUUAAGUAAUGCAAAAGGUUGUCCUUUUUUUUUUUUAAUCUACUGACAAGUUGCUCUAGUAACCCAAAGAAGUGAAGGAGAAAGCAGCUGCCUCACCGCCCAGAUAUUGAUUUGUUCAGAUGUUUCAAUGCCUCAUGAUACAAUAAAACCACGAAAAUUUUCUUAACA